AUGAUGAGGUCCCUCCAGCGUCAGAAAAGUCAGAGAUACAUUUUUGUUAUUAAAGACAAAGCCUUCUACUUUUAUGGAAUUCAGAAGAUGUUUGUGUUUGCAGCCCCGAAUUUAUUUUAUUCUCAAAAAAAUAUUGACUUAUGGAACACAAUGAAGGAAAUCAUAUAUGAUAUCCUGCCUCGACCAGUAGGACACUCUGGGCCCCAACAUCACUCUGGGCCCAAGCGUUACACUUCAACUCAGGUAGAGGAUCCCAGCUGGGGACCAAUGCAGGACACCGAAGGGCAUCAUGAAAGCUCUGGUGGAACUCUCUGGAGGAGGAUAGGCUUGCUAGAGGGGGAGCAUCCAUUACUGUACCCCCAUCAGUCAACUCCAAGCCGCUGCAGCACUUCAGCAAUCACCUUAAAAGGGAAAGCACCUUAUUCGGCGAAAGCGACAGUUCACUCAAAACUCAACAAGAUGUCAGAACCCAGCUCUCCAUAUCAAACAGGCGACAGUGCUGCUUCAUCUCCAGCAGCGAGGUCAUCACCUGCAUCUACCUGCAGUCAGCAUCAACAGUCCUGGUGUUCCUGCGUCUGCACCGGUGCAAUUGCUCACAGGACAACUCCAGGGACCAGCGCUAGAGGAAGUCUGCACCUGGCCAGCCUCCGAGAAGGCAACUGUAGAGCAGUUGAAGGACUGUAUCAGGUAUUUGAGUCCCAUUCUCCAUCAGCGGAAAUUGAACAAUGUCCCACACAAGGACUCUUAUCAAUUGCCAAGGAUCGAGGAGUCAAUCACCGCCAUCGGGUCAGCUGCUUACUUCUCCACCCUAGACUUAACCAGUUGAUAUCGGCAAGUGCCUAUGGCCGUGAAGGAUCGGGAAAAGACCGCCUUCAUGACGCCUAUGAGAGUGUUCGAGUUUAA